CAUCCACACGCGCCGAGUUGACAGACGUGAAAACUGACCUUCUCGGCGGCCUCGUCGCUCGUCCUGAGCAAGACGAGGAGACCUUCAAAGUUUUGUCCGACUCGUUGGUUUCUCUGCGUGUUUUGUUACACACGCAUGCAGUCAUGCCGGUGGAAAUCCCCAGUUUGCAGGAGCUGAAGGUGGACGAGAUUAAUGUGUCAUCUGCGGUGCUGAAGGCGGCCGCUCAUCACUAUGGCUCGCAAUGUGACAAACCCAACAAGGAGUUCAUGCUCUGCCGCUGGGAGGAGAAAGACCCUCGCAAGUGUCUCGAAGAAGGGAGGAAAGUCAACGAGUGUGCCCUUAACUUCUUCAGGCAAAUCAAGGGGAACUGCGCAGAGUCGUUCACCGAGUACUGGACCUGUCUAGACUAUUCCAAUUUGGCCGAGCUGCGUUAUUGCCGCAAGCAACAGGAAUCCUUCGACAACUGCGUCCUUGACAAACUGGGCUGGGAGAGACCCGAGCUGGGAGAUCUGUCGAAGGUGACCAAGGUUUCCACUUCGAGGCCCCUGCCUGAGAACCCCUAUCACUCUCGUCCGCGCCCCGAGCCCAACCCGACCACCGAGGGUAAACUCGAGCCUUCCAAAUACGGCAGCAGGUUGUUCUUUUGGACCUGGUGAGGUCACGGGCUCUGUCCAAAAGCAGCCAAAAUGGUAAAAUGUGCCCAUAGCAGCAGUUUGAUGUUGUUUAAGUCUAAAAGUUGCUUUUGCACAGAGCUUUAGCUGGCUUCAUAAAAUAUAUUUUGAUGAAAGGAAGGCUGUGUGAUUCAUACAGCUUUCCUGUCUACUUCUGUAAAUGUCGCACGUCAACAUGGUUGUCACAUAAUAAAGAAAUAAAUUAAGACGA